GAGCAGGGAGGCUCCGAGGAUUGUUCUGUUCCUCACAAUCCCCACGGACCUGCUUUCCUUUGGUAUAAUGGAAUGAGUGAUCAUGAACUGUGGCCUUUGUCUCAACCACCCUGACAAUGGCUUCCACCAUCUAGCCUCUCUUCGCUCCCUCACCGCCCCUCCCGCCAAUUUCCCACUACUGGGGACAGGAUGGCCUCCUAUAGUGCUUCUUUUUGGGCCCUAUCCCAACACCUCGUCGGCCUCCUGUCUUUCCUCCUCCUCCUCAGCGCCGCCGCCGCCGCUACCAUCCGCGUUGGCGUCGUCCUGAAGCCCGCCCCCGAUGCCCCCAGUUUCCGUGAAGCCCCGGCCUUUCGCAACGGGGACGCCUGCAAUGCGGAGAAGAUCCACGUUGCCAUGACACUGGACUCUAACUACCUCCGAGGCACAAUGGCCGCCGUCUUCUCCAUCUUGCAGCAUUCCACCUGCCCUGAGAACAUUGAGUUCCAUUUCCUCUGGGCUAGGUUCAAACCCGAGGUCCUUUUCAGCAUCAAAACCACCUUCCCCUACCUCAAAUUCCAAAUUUACCGCUUCGAUUCCGGCAGGGUGCGUGGGAAAAUCUCCAAAUCCAUACGUCAGGCAUUGGACCAGCCUUUGAACUACGCAAGAAUCUACCUUGCUGAUAUGAUCCCCAGUUACGUGAAUCGGGUCAUAUACUUGGACUCUGACCUGGUGGUGGUGGACGACAUAGCGAAGCUUUGGGAGGUUGACUUGGAGGGCAAGGUGGUGGCGGCGCCUGAGUACUGCCACGCCAAUUUCACCAACUACUUCACGGACCUGUUCUGGACAGACGCGGCUCUGUCUCGAGCAUUCGAGGGUCGAAACCCAUGCUAUUUCAACACAGGGGUCAUGAUAGUGAACGUGGAGAAAUGGAGGGAAGGGGAUUAUACUCAGAAAGUGGAGAGGUGGAUGGAAGUGCAGAAGCAGAAGAGGAUUUACCAUUUAGGGUCUCUGCCUCCUUUUCUGCUGGUGUUGGCCGGCGAUAUAAAGGCUGUGGACCAUAGGUGGAACCAACAUGGGUUAGGAGGGGAUAACCUUGAAGGCAAAUGUAGGAAUCUGCAUCCUGGUCCAAUUAGUUUGCUACAUUGGAGCGGGAAAGGUAAGCCGUGGUUGAGGCUGGAUUCUAGGAAGCCCUGCACCGUUGAUCAUCUCUGGGCACCUUAUGAUCUUUACCGUUCCGACACUCAUUCUUUGGAGGAAUGAUCAUGGGAGUUUUAGGGGGAGGAGUGUUGCUGGGUGAAGGCACACCUGCCGCAUGUGGGGAGCUUGGCUUAGAUUAUUGGAGAGACAGAAAGAACAAGAUCUUAUUUUCAAAGAAUGAUAGGAAGAAUGCGUGAGAGAUGUAAGUAACCAUAAUUCAUUUGACAGUCCUUGUCAAAGUAGUGCCAUAUGAUUUCCGUUGAGAGCGUCACUCAGCAUUUUGCAGUUCGGUGAGGAAGAAAGGGAGAUCAAGCUGGGUUUUGGAUAUAGGAAAAUCAUGAGCAUUGAUCCUGGAUGAUGGUAAUGGCGGUACCAUUUUGCAUUAGUGGCUGCCUUGUCAUAUUCAUGACAGGAACCCUGUCCUGAUUUUUCUUUGUCCCUUCUGAGAUGCUAUUUCGUUUAUAUAUCUAUCCUAUUCUUUGAAUAUCUUGAUAGAUUGUACAUUCUUUUCAACCCAAUUCCAGUUCAACAAAAUUUUCUCAUUUCAA